UAAUAUUAACAGGUCUAUGGUUAGAGGGAGGUCAGCUGACAGUUGGUUAGUUUACUGCUUCAGUUAGCUGGAGCCGUGCUAGCCCAGUGCGAGGUGUUUUUCUGUUUAUCUCCAAACAUUUGGUUCACACUGUCUUCCCUCUAACUAAAACAGCUCAUGUUAGCUACGUGGCUAAGUUUUUUUUCAGCUAGCUAGCUAGUGAUCCACAUGACAGCUCGGAGCAUCCUGCUAGCCUAGUAGCUACAUUAGCAAGAUACACUGGGAAGAAGUAAGGUGAGGACCCGUGUCAUCAACCAUGGCAGGUGGAAUUACAGAGAGCGGGGAACCCUACUCCCCAUUUGUGGGGCUGGUGUAUAUGUUCAAUCUGAUUGUGGGAACAGGAGCUUUGACGAUGCCCAAAGCCUUCGCUACAGCUGGUUGGGUGGUUAGUUUAUCACUCAUCGCCUUUUUAGGAUUUAUGAGCUACAUGACCACCACGUUUGUGAUCGAGGCGAUGGCGGCAGCCAAUGCUCAGCUGCGCUGGAAGAGAAGAGAGCGAGAAGAGGUCCAUGACAGCGACUCCACCUCCGAGUACUCAGAUGAUGAUGUCAUGGUGCGAGGCCGGUCGGAGCCGGAAACCAAGCCUAUCUUGUCUGUUCGUGAGUAUCAGCGAUCCGGAGGUCCCGUCGAUCAAUUCGACAUCGCCGAGCGGGUUGAGAUGGGUCAAAUGGCCUCCAUGUUCUUCAACAAAGUUGGCAUCAAUAUGUUCUACAUCUGCAUUAUAGUCUAUCUAUACGGAGACCUGGCCAUCUACGCAGCAGCUGUGCCUAUAUCACUAAUGGAAGUCGCCUGUGGAAACCACUCCUGCAGCGCUGGAGGUGUGAAGUACAACGACACCGAUCCCUGCUGGGGUUCUGUCUCGAGGAAAGAUGCGUACCGAGUGUUUCUGGGCGUCUUCACUCUCAUGUUGGGACCUUUUACCUUCUUCAACGCCCAAAAGACCAAAUAUCUGCAGAUUCUCACCUCACUCAUGCGCUGGAUUGCGUUCACCAUGAUGAUCAUCUUGGCUCUUAUCCGCAUUGGCAAAGGCACCGGCGAGGGCCGCCCACCAGUCGCCUCCUUCUCUGGGGUGCCCAACCUGUUUGGGGUGUGCGUCUACUCCUUCAUGUGUCAACACUCCCUGCCCUCGCUGGUGACGCCCAUCUCUGACAAGAAACGUGUGGGCACCCUGGUGUUGGCGGACUAUACCCUGAUCCUGGGUUUCUACGUGCUCCUCUCAUUCACCGCCAUCUUCUGCUUCGACAGCUCGCUGCUGCACGACAUGUACACCCUGAACUUCACGGACAACUGCAACGUGUUAGAUAUUCCAUUCCUGCGCUACUUUCUGGGCCUGUUCCCAGUUUUCACCAUCAGCACCAACUUCCCCAUCAUCGCCGUCACACUUCGCAACAACUGGAAGACCCUGUUCCACCGGGACGGAGGCACCUACCCAUGGGUGGUGGACCGCGUUGUGUUUCCCCUCAUUACCCUGGUGCCCCCAAUCGUGGUGGCCUUCUGCACCCACAACUUGGAGUCCCUGGUGGGCAUUACAGGAUCCUAUGCUGGCACAGGGAUCCAGUACAUUGUCCCAGCCUGCCUUGUGUAUUUAUCUCGACGCCAUCUGGAGCCUGUGGUGGGCAGGGAUGCCAUCAACAAGCACCGGUCUCCCUUCCGCCACGCCUUUUGGGUGUGGUUUGUUUUGGCUUGGGCCGGCUCCUGCCUCAUAUUCGUCACAGCCAACAUCAUCCUGACUGACACCAAGACAUGAGAACUCACUGUUCCACGAACUUCCUAAAAAAAAAAAAAAAAAAAAAAAAAAGCAUAUCUGUUUGGCCAGUCUCUUUGUUCCUGUACAAGAGGCCUUACUUGCUGCUGGUUGGACAGUGUCCCUUUUUAUGGGACUUUUGUUGCAUAUAUUAAAUGUAAUUAAGAGUAAUUUAUGAAAUUUCUUAAAAGGGACCAAAUGUCAAGUGUUUUUGUUCCAUCAACAAAAGCUGGAACAGUGCAUGACAACAAAGAAAGGGAAUUGAAAAUGGUCAUUUAUUAAAAGGAUGUUUUGUUCACAAACACCUGAUAGUUUGAGGUUUGCACAAGGACUUGCACAAAAACAACUUUACAAAAAAUAUAUAUCUUAAAAGUUCAGUGGGCUUGAGGUCAUAAGAAGAGUCGUACAAAAUUGCUUCUCAGUUCCGGAAAGUUACAAACAUUAUCAGAAACAAGUCUCAUUUCUGAAGCUGGAAAGUUUUGGGGCAGGGGCUGUCAGACGUUGUUCGACGUCCUCUAUCCUCUGUACCAUCAGGGCAGAAUGUUCCAAUAAAGAUAUAUUAAAGCAAUUGAAA